GGCAACAAAUUACCUUAAGUUAAAAAUAGGGAUUCCUCUAAUUGGAUGCAAAAGUAUCCAUCAAAAUCUGAAGAGCCUAAAACAAUUUUUUUAUGGCAAUCACGAUAACACUACAAAUUAGGCUACCAUAACUGCCCUUUAUCUCUUGAUGAAUGUAUAGGUGAACAUUCUCAGUUUCCAUAAAAAAUGCUGACAGUUUGGAAUUCUAAAGCACGUAGUUCGACUAUGGUAAAUCAGAUAUGGUAAAUUUAAGAAAGCUGUAUAUUUUCAAAAUUAUACAUUUUCAAAUAUCAAACAACGUAAUAGUGGUAGGAACGUUUAAGGUAAGUUAAAUAAAUGCACGUCGGGUUUAAUACUGUGGUUUGUAGGAAUUAGAUCCACCAGAUCCGACGUGGAACGAGAACUUGGCUGCGGCUUCACUUCAAGCAAACCGCCCAGCCAAUGAUGCAAAAGGGCAAAAAAAGUUUCCGCUGGUCGCAUCUACUGACUGAACUCUGUCAUCCCGCCACAGGUGUGGCAGCGUCACUAGCGUCGUACUAAGGCGCGAGGGUACCGAACGCCGGUGACAGAAAUUUCCACACAGGCUAGCGUACGUUGUUGUGUGUGUACCUGGGUGAACUUAACAUGAAAUGAAACGAUGAAAGAAGAGUUAAACGAUAGUUUAUAUACGAAGUAACGUUGGCUACCUAUAACUAAGAACCCACAAGUAAAUUUCUGUCACCGACGUUGAGAGCAUAACCCAGCAGAGAUAAAUUCACUGAGUUAACGUUAGCUAGUCAAAAUGAAAUGCGUCAUUGAAGGAAACAACGUGAAAGUCUUUGGGAAGGCCCUUCAUGCGCUCUCACGCAUAGGCAAUGAGCUAUGGCUGGACCCUCUGGAGAAAGGAUUGGCAGUGAGGUCAGUGAACAUGGCCCACUCAGCCUAUGCCUGCUUCCUUUUCUCGCCGCUGUUCUUCCAGCAGUACACUCAGGGAGCAGAGCUACCUCGUGACCCCACAAACCUCAAGUGCAAACUGGCCAUGAAGUCAGUGCUGCCACUUUUCCGUUGCCUAGCUACCAUUGAGCGCAAUGUGAAGAGGUGCAAAAUAUCCAUCAGCCUCCCCGACAGCCGAGUGAUUUUCCAGUUUUUCUGCAGGCAUGGUAUCACCAAAACACACAAUCUGGGUUUCCAGGAGUGUGAGCCCCUCCAGGCUGUCUUCCCAGUCCAUCUCUGUCCCAACGUUCUAAAGGCCCAGGCCAGACUUCUUGGUGACAUUGUAAUGCACUUUCCUGUCUACCAAGAGGAGGUCACUCUGACACUGUCUCCAAUGAGGGUGAACGUGAAGAAUUUCUACGAAGAGGAUAAGGAGCUCAUGAAGGCCAUGCACACAGAGAUGUCCCUGAACCCGGAGGAGUUUGACUAUUUCCAGGUUGGAGUGGACUCUGACAUAACCUUCUGUCUGAAGGAGCUGAGGGGGUUGCUGUCUUUCGCUGAGUCCUAUUGUCUGCCUGUGGCCAUCCACUUCGGAUUACCUGGGAAGCCGAUAUCCUUCUCUGUGGUGGACAUGGUGCUGGAGGCGAGCGUGGUGCUAGCCACCCUGGCUGACCCGGAGAGCAGAACCCCCUCCCAGGCUCCAGGCCCCCAGGAGGAGGCCAGGACCGCAGGCGCACCAGGGUGCGGAGGUGAAACAGACUCCCGCAGUCCUGCUGCGUCCCAGCCUCCCGUCCAGGGUGACAUCACACCCCGCCUGGGCCCUGUGGAGCAGCUGGUGGCCUCCAGUCAGGGCAGCCCUGUUUUCAGUGGGCAGGCCCGUAUGAGAGAGCUCCUCGGCCUGCACAGCAGGGCUCAUGUCGAUGAUCGAGGAGAGGUCAGGGCUGACGGUGGGCUGGGGUCGCAGGAGCCCGCCAAGACUACACCUGCGCCUCCAGCUACCUUGAAGUUCUGCUCCCUGCUCUUCGCUGCCGUGUCCGGGCCGCAGGGUGGCGGCGGCGCCGCGGCAGCGCCCAGUCUGGCGCGCUGCAGCGACUCUGAGGAGGAGGAGGGACACGACGCGGGGUUCGACGCUGACCCGCGACCUCCAGAGAGCCACGCCUCCGCAGGACGCAGAGAGAUCUGACCGCAGGUGCCUUCUAUCCGCUCGGCCCGUAGGAAAAAACGGUGGUGUGCAGUCUGGGGUUCCUGAGAGCGUUGCCACAUAGGCCAGCUUCGGUUUUUAUUCCACUGUUGUGUGUUCAUUUUGGUUCAAAUGGUUGGUACUGUUUACCUGAGGUGUUACCCUGCAGGUCCCACGACUGACUUCUCUUUGGUCUCACCCUGAUAGGCACACCAAUAACACACUGCAGGAAAUUCUCUGUGAGCAACACACUGUACUGUACGGUUCUGGAUGAAUUAAAUGGAAAUGUUUACCUUCA